CUGAAUUAAUUUCCUAUGUAGUUUUUAUAUAACUUUAUUUAAAAACGCUGAAAAUUAGUUUGUUAGUAACUAAUUUGUUUUAUGAAUAAUACAUAAUUUGAAGCAUAUUUGUAAUUUAAAUAUGUUUAUUUGAAACAUUAGCUUACUAAUUAAAAAAAUGAGACAUUUUAAAACACCCAAUUUAAUUGGGUUAAUCCACUGUAACUGUUUGAUUGCAGAUGUUUUCCCACACUGAUGAUCAGCUAACUGAGAUAGUGCUAUCCAGUACAGUCAGCUCUCAAUUAUCUGUGGUAAUGGGAAACAACAAUGCAUGGAUAAUCCUAAAGCAAAAUAUUUUAUACAGUACCUUCCUGUCAUCUGCUGUGGCCUGAGCAUGUGCUUGGGUUCAUGAGGGAAAUGUGGGAGUGGGGCUCAGGCUUGCAAAGGAGAUGAGAGUCAGUAUGAUUAUCUCAAGGCCAUAAGAAGUAUCCUUACGGAACCUGGGUUUGGCACUAUGUGGCUGAAGUGUCAUGGGGGAAGCCUGCAGCAUGCAAGAUCAGCUUGGCAAUAUCAGUGAGAAGGAUGGGGAAACUAAUUAAAAAGGAACGGUGGGAGAAUAGAUGUUUAAGUCCUACAUAAUUGCAGUGAUAUAUCUUGGUGUGUUUUUGGUUAAUGGGAUCUGUAGCGAACAAGAAUUAUAUUAAUUGUGUAUUUGCAUUAGUUUUAGUCAUCUUUGCUUGCCAGCAGAACCCAUUUUUUACUUGCCACAGGUGAGUGCUAUUAUUGAGGCCUCUUCUAAAUAAGUAGGUAUUUUUUGGCAUGUAACUAAUAACUUCAAAAACCCAGGAUAAAUUUGAAAUACUUACUUUUAAAAUUCUUCUUAAAUAUCAAUGUUGAACUUGUACUUCCAGAAUUUAACUUAAUGAAAUUUAACAUUGGAAUGUCAAAGAAUAUCAUGAGGGCAAAGGCCAUAAUUACUGAUAGGUGUGAAUUUGAUUUUGGAAAAAACUUAGCGGCCAUAUUUUAUUUAAGAAUAUGUUACAGGAGCUUUUCUAAAUUUAUCUUACAACUGACAGUUGGCUAUGAAUUUAUGAAUGUUAAAGCUGUGUAAUAGGUGUGAGGAGGGAGUGUUCAUUAUUUUGUCUAAUUUGAAUAUGCCUGUUUUCUACAAGUGGGUGCUCUAAUAAAAAUUGAAGCAGGUGAUUGCUGAAAACCUCAGAGUCUUCUGGCCCAACUUCAGAAUGUUCUGCUUAUUUAUGAAAUAGAUUUAGUGCUCUCUGUCAAAUUAUUCAAACUCCAAAUAGAACCAUAGCCUUUUUCUAAAGGCAUACUUGCACCUGCCCACAGGAACUCCUGCAGUUCAACCCUGUGUGGUAGUAUGAUGGCAAGAAAACAAAUUAUACUCUUGAUAGAUUACCUUUAUUAUUAUAGAUGUUUUUUAAAAAGUUAUUUACUUCAAAUAUGUAUACUUAGGCAAAUUAGAGGCAUUGAUCUUGAAUCAACUCUUGUGAAAAAAUUAGGAAACAAUUGGGAUUUGAGAGUGAAUGAGACAGUUGAUAUUCAUAAAGAGAAAGUUGCAAGAAGAGAAAUUGGUAUUUUGACUACCAAUAAAAACACUUCAAGAACGCAUAAGAUUAUUGCUCCAGCCAACCUUGAACGACCAGUUCGUUAUAUUAGAAAACCUAUUGACUAUACAAUUCUAGAUGAUAUUGGACAUGGAGUAAAGGUGAGUACCCAGAACAUGAAGAUGGGUGGGCUGCCGCGUACAACACCUCCAACUCAGAAACCCCCUAGUCCCCCUAUGUCAGGGAAAGGGACACUUGGGCGGCACUCCCCCUAUCGCACACUGGAGCCAGUGCGUCCUCCAGUGGUACCAAAUGAUUACGUACCUAGCCCAACCCGUAAUAUGGCUCCCUCGCAGCAGAGCCCUGUGAGGACAGCUUCUGUGAAUCAAAGAAAUCGAACUUACAGCAGCAGUGGGAGUAGUGGAGGGAGCCACCCAAGUAGUCGGAGCAGCAGUCGAGAGAACAGUGGAAGUGGGAGUGUGGGGGUUCCUAUUGCUGUUCCUACUCCGUCUCCUCCCAGUGUCUUUCCAGGUCAUCCUGUACAGUUUUACAGCAUGAAUAGGCCUGCCUCUCGUCAUACUCCCCCAACAAUAGGGGGUUCCCUGCCCUAUAGACGUCCUCCUUCCAUUACUUCACAAACAAGCCUUCAGAAUCAGAUGAAUGGAGGACCUUUUUAUAGCCAGAAUCCAGUUUCAGAUACACCACCUCCACCGCCACCUGUGGAAGAACCAGUCUUUGAUGAGUCUCCCCCACCUCCUCCUCCCCCAGAAGAUUAUGAAGAGGAGGAAGCAGCUGUGGUUGAGUAUAGUGAUCCUUAUGCUGAAGAGGACCCGCCAUGGGCUCCACGUUCUUACUUGGAAAAGGUUGUGGCAAUUUAUGACUAUACAAAGGACAAGGAAGAUGAGCUGUCCUUUCAGGAAGGAGCCAUUAUUUAUGUCAUCAAGAAGAAUGACGAUGGUUGGUAUGAGGGAGUUAUGAAUGGAGUGACUGGGCUUUUUCCUGGGAAUUAUGUUGAGUCUAUCAUGCAUUAUUCUGAGUAGAGCUCCGCAGGGAUGUGCUUGCCUCACAGGAAUAGUCAGGUCUUCCCAGAUUAUCUGAAGGCCCUGGAGAUUCCACUCCAGUAAGUAGAAUGAAGGAUACAAAUGAUAAAAAUUACACUUUUUUUUGGUUUAUCCCCCAGUAUUAAAAACAAAAGCAAGCUGAGUCUGAACAAAUGGAUCUUUAUGCCGUCAUUUGUACUAUGCUGAGUUGUCUGGAUUGAAAUAAAGUGACCAUUUUUUGUAUAUGUCAGAGGUAUAACAACAUAACUGUGUAGCCAAAACAAAUCAGAUUAAGACUGAUUCAGAAAAAUCUGGGAUCUUUCUCAGGAAUACUGUAUGCCCUUGGGAUUUCUCCUCCUGCAGAAUCUGUGGCAUUGGAUGUUCUUCAUUGCUGUGCUAAGGGGUAACCUCAUGGCCCAGUUGGUACCCUGCCCCCCCCUUUUCUUCCACUUGUAUGAAGAGGAGGGAACCAAUAUUUAAAUACCACACUUAACCAUUUUUACUAUUAUUUCAGAUGGCUUUUUUCUUCUGUAACACUGUAAAUUCUGCAUUCUCUCAGCACUUGAGUGCACCAGACGAGUGCAUGGUGAACUCACUUGCAUCCCUUCAUAUUUGUUUGUGGAUUAUAAGGAUGAUGAAAUGUGAAAGUCUCCCAACAUUCUGAGGGUGGCAAACGAUUGCCACCAUUUGAUUUUAAUGUGCUGCUGCAUGAGACUGCACUGUUGCUAAUGGCCGGUGUACCCAGAUGUGAAGUGUGGUAGGCUGGUUCAUGUGUGGAGGUGGGUGUGUGAAGGUCCUUAAGGUUCUGAAGAGACUGAACUGUGGAAAUGCUCUUAGCAGGCAUCCUGAACCCUUGCCGUCGGUGUUGUUUUGAGGAGUAGAUCUUGGAGUUCAGACCAACUAUGAUGAUCACUUCUUUCACUAUUUAGAAAAUCGUAUUCUAAUUUGGAAGAGAAUAGUGGUUAUUUUCAAGUCUCUUGACAGUCACUGGGAAUAAAAGGUGUAUUAAUGUGCUCUCUGGAUGUGAUUAAUGGCCAGUAUUAGUUGCUGCUGUAUCAUUGGCUCACUUAGCUGCAGAAAAGGUAAUACUCUCCUGAUUUUGUAUUAUUGGACUUUUAAGCAUCUGCUUUUAGUCAGAAUUUAAACCUGUCUCAGACUAAGAAUAUCAUGAAUAAGAUUAAUAGGCCAAAAUACGUAUCUAAUCACAUUGAUAAAAAGUAAUAUAACUUUGACACAAACAAAACACAUUUCCCCUAUCUGUACAAUAAAUACAGCUUCAGAUUCAAUGGAGUUUGUAGGGCAGAUGGCUUUAACCUGCUCUACUGUAGUCAGUAUAGGAAAUAUUGAAAAAAUCCAGGAGGGCUUACCUCUUUGUAGGUGGUUGCUGUGAUGGUGGGCCAGCCCUAUUCAGGCCCAGAGCUGCUAACGUGGGCUCUACUCAGUCCCAGUGACUUGGCCAGAAUAGAGCUUUGCCAAGUAACUUCCCUGUGCUAGGUGAAAGGGGAAAAGCAAUAGCUUCAUAUAUUUCAAACGAGGUCUUGAAUAAGUUCAGAAAGAGGAACUUGAUUGAAAAAUGAACAAGUGUAGUAGUGUGUGAGGAAAUUCAGAAUGAUGUAGAUAGAAUAUUCCACUUGUAAAUGUUAUCUGAACAUAAAACAAGAGCAUUUAAUUGAGACCCUGCUAUAGAUUAUUAAGACCUUUUUGUUUUAAGGUUGUUUUUAACAACGCAUUUCAAGUUACAAUAGCUAUUUUUCUUUUGGAUUUUCCCAACACUUUGUAUUUGUUAGCUUUCAUUAACUUGCCUCCUGUAUACAUUCCACUUCUUGCUUUUUUUAAGGUCAUUCCUACAUCCUUUAUUCCUUGUUUUCCUGCAGUGUAAUGGCCCUGAAUGUCCUCUGAGCCUUUAGCUCCAUUAUGGACCCAAACUAAACUAUACUUGGAUAGGUUAAGCUCUCCUUAGUGUACUGGUCUAUAAUUAGAAAAACUGUUUUGAAAUUAGAUGUUCCCCUUAUUUAUUUAAACAGCUUUUUGCUGAGAAAGCUUAGUGGAUUAAUGAGGCAGAGGGUGUUUUGAAAUCCACUAGUAGUUCCCACAGGCUGGGUGUGGUGGCACACACCUGUAAUCCCAGCACUUUGGGAGGCUGAGGUGUGCAGAUCACGAGGUCAAGAGAUUGAGACCAUCCUGGCCAACAUGGUGAAACCGCAGCUGUACUAAAAAUACAAAUAUUAGCUGGGUGUGGUGGCGAGCACGUGUAGUCCCAGUUCCUCCGGAGGCUGAGGCAGGAGAAUUGCUUGAACCCAGGAGGCAGAGGUUGCAGUGAGCCGAGAUCGUGCCACUGCACUCCAGCCUGGUGACAGAGUGAGACUCCGUCUCAAAAACAAAAAAGUAGUUCCCACAGCUCACCACUACAGCAGAGAAGACAACUGUGCAGAAAACAGAGUUGGUGGCGGUCAGCAGGAAUGCAGCUGGCCUGUUGGACCUCUGCUGGAUGGGGGAGUGCAGAAGACACUGGUGAAGUCCUUUAUACUGAAGACCUGUGGUUGGGAGCAGGGGGAAGUCCAUGGGUCUGCUGAUUUUUUUUCCCUAUUUAGUACUAAUGUGUGUAUGAUCUUUGUUUUACAAACAAUACCUGUUGGAUUUUCUGCACACUUUAAAAUUUUUGUACAGUUUUGAAUUCUAUAGAUUGUCUUGGAAGGAUACUGUGUGAUGACAGGAUAGGCGCACAGUAAUUGGAGACUUUUAAUGUAUGUAAUAUUUCAUAGAUUGCAUGCUAUUAAUAGUCUGUGAGGGUAGUAUUUUUUGUUUUAUUGUAAGUUCCCCUCAUUUAUCUUUUUAUAAAUUAAAAGAUGGUGUUAGGAAUUCCAAAUGAAUGCAGAAAAAUCUUCCAUGCUGUGUAAUAAUAAUGUAACAGAUGAUCCAAGUCCAAAAGAUCACCAAUAAAGCAACCAUGUUAUCAGGAUAGAGGAAAUCUAAUGGGAGAGGGGAUUCUUCCCUCCUAAAGUUUGUGGGACCAUCCCUUAAAAAAAAAUGAAUAGUUGUCUUUUUCUUUUGUCAUAUUAGUAAUCGAAAGUCCAUGGGGAUAUGAAUGAAAAUAUAUUUUCUUGUUGUCUUUGACCUUAUGGCCAAAGCAAUAAAUCAAAAAUAGUGCCAAUGUGUCAAAAUCUACAUCUGAUUCAGCCUGCCGUUUGGAAUAAAUAUGAAUCUUUUAAGCUAUCUUGUUUAGUAUUUUCCAUCAUUGAGCUACUUCCUAUCUCCCUCAGAGGCGCCUGCUGUUCCCAUUUUAGAGUUGACAAUGGCCUGCUAAUUUUGCUAUGUCCCUAAAAGUUACUGGGUGUGAGACAUUUUCAUCCCCUCCUUUUUCCUACUACUGGUGUUUAUUAUUUGGCUAGAGAAUAUUAUGCAUCUUUACUGUGAUGUGUGUAACGUAGCUGCACUCCUUGGCAGUUUUUGUUGAAGAUAACUACUUUUCUCUUUGAAAGGCAUCAAAAUGAUGGUAGUUUGCUUUUAUCUUUUUGUGUUCAUUUUCUUUUAGUAGGUGACCUUUCUGAAAUUAAGAACUGUGUUUAUCUUUUACUACCUUUUCUUUUCUCCUUUGUGGAGAGAGCAUGUUAUGUCCUGAAGGUGACCUUUGCCUUUGAAAAAGGUUUGAUGGAGGAAUUCGCAGGUGACUGACAAGUCUUUGAAAAGAAUGGGAUCUGUUCACUUCUGGACUUUUUGGCCAGGAACUCCUGAUUGGUGUUAAGGUGAUAAUUUCCCCCAUAUAAUUUACUUAGAAUCACAUAAUUUGAGCUAGAUGAGAUUUUAAAAAUUCUGGUUGUCUCAUUUGACUGAUGAAGUAAGUUUUCUUCAUGUUAACAGCUAGUAACAGCAGAGUUCUCACUCAGUGGUCAAUUUUCCACUGCACCACAACUGUCUUAACUAAAUGUGCUGUAUUUUUCUUUAAAAGUUAAGAGUUUUAUUUGAUGUUUUCAAGAAUAUACUUGAAAAGGUAUGCCAUGUUUUGAUAAAUACUAUCGGAGUUGUGUAAAGGUGUGUACUAACUGCAACCUUAGUGAAAAUAAUCUUCAUUUUUACCCCUCUUAAAACUACACUCAGUAUAAACACUUUCCCAUAAGGUGUGUUUGGUAGGAAUGUUAUAUUAAUUCAGCACUGGUAGGAGCACAGCACAGCAGCCUUAUUGGAGAGAGCCUUAUAAAAGUGAUUAAAUGGGGAGGCAUUGAGCUCAUUACCUUUGUUUACUUUGUGCUGACCUUUGUUCCUAUUUGGUUGAGACUGUCAUUCUAAAAAAAAAAAAAAAUACAACGAAACGACAGGGCCUAGCUGUGUAUAAAUGAUCCUUGCUGAAUAUCUUGAGGUUUUUUUGUAAAAAAAAAAAACAAAAAAAAACAAAAAAA